AUGUUUGUCCAGCAAGUGCUCGUUGGCUGCCUGAUCCUGGUGGCUUUGACCCAAGCCCGUCCCCAAUACGGCUACGAACAGCCCAGUUCGGACAUCUUCAUCGGCGGUGGAUCCGCGCCCGUUGGCAGUGUGGGAAUCGGUGGCUCCUCCGGCGGCGGUCUGGUCAGCAUCCAGCCACACCGUGGUGGCGACAAGUACCUGCCCCCGGCCAGCACCACCCUGGCGCCCAUCAUCAACAAGAAGUUCUAUCUGGUCUCCGCACCCGAGGAUCACAGCAACGAUGGCAAGGUGAAGCAUCUGGUCUUGGGCCGUCCACAGAAGAACUACCGCGUGGUGUUCAUCAAGGCGCCAGCCGGCGAUAAUGCCAACGUGAAAUAUUCCGCCGAGUUUGCGCCACAGGAGGAGAAGACCGUCAUCUAUGUGCUCAGCAAGAAGGAUAACGAUGUGGACGCCAGUGACAUUGCCACGCCCGCACCCACACAGCCCAGCAAGCCGGAGGUGUUCUUCAUCAAGUACAAGACCGACGACGAGGCCAAGCAGGCGCAGCAGGAGAUCCAGGGACAGUACGACAAGCUCGGUGGCACCAACGAGUACCAGGAGGACAACAAUGCACCCAUCACCUCGGUGAUCGGCAGCCUGGAUGGCCUGAAUCCCGAUGGUAGCUACAACUACCGCCAGAUCGCCAACCGUCCACCGGCAGUGGCGCCCAACUCCCAGUAUCUGCCCAGUUUGCUGAAGCACUAG